UGCGGUUCACGAGUUUGUUAUACUGAUCAAAAAAUGAUGAAUAAUACUGUUAGAAAAUUUAGUCUACAAGAAGUUAAAACGAGUAGUGAAAAUUUUGUUGUGACUGGAGUACGUUUGAGGCUUGUUAAUAAAGUUUUUUACAUACAAAUACAAGAAGGGAAAUUGAAUUUGACUGGUAUCCACGUUGAGCCUGGCACAGUGAGAUGGAAAAAAAUUGAAGUUAGUAAUCGUACUGUUACUUUGUAUAAAGAACAGCGUUCUGUUAGCAUUGAUGAUGUUAUUUUACCAUCAGGAUAUUUUGUAACAGGUGUUAAAUUUACCAUGUGGGGACACCUUAGAUUACAUGUUUUUGGGAUGAAUGCAAGUGGAAAAAAAAUUUCAAUAUUACACUCAAUUUUAAACGACAGAGAUGAAAUUAAAUUAAAAAAUCCUGAUGCUUCUGAGCUUGCACCAACUGAAGCUCAACAUUACUUGCAAGGUGUAGCAGGACAAAGUUAUGUCAAUUUUCAAGCAUCAGAUUUUGAAAAAGAUGCUUCACAAACGACUGUUCCAUAUUUGGAUUUACAAAGUGUCAUUACAAAACCACCAUCACCAAUUGGAGGAGUUGGAAUAUACUACAAGGGACUGGAUGGUUAUGGAGGAUUUAUUGGUCUUAAAUUAAUUUCACUUGAUCUUACUGAAGAAAUUAAACAACUGGAAUUCAGUCGUUUGUCAAAUAGUAUUGAUAAUGUUCUUGUAAAUUUGAGCAAAGCUUUGACAAAUAUUUCACAAGUUCAGGAUGAGUAUUUGUUAAAUCAUCGUAAAAAUUAA